CAAGAUCACUCCACCCUCACCAACCCAGAAAGCCCAGGCCAGAGAACCCUUCUUCACUUUAUCUUCUCCCCCUCUCUGUCCCCCACCAUUUCUCCACCUUAGAUUUCACACCCACUACUCGACUCAGAGCCAGAGGGAGACACGCACACUCGCUCCCUCAGCAAGAACGAUGGCCUGCUUAGCUGCUUCGACCGCCCUUAUCUCCUCCAACCCCUCCUCCUCCUUGCCCAACAAGUCCAUGUCCCCUGUGAUGCUCUCCUCGUCCCGGACCGUCGCUUUCCCCAACUCCAUCCCCGCUCUCACCAACCCCUUCCUCUCUUCUCGCAUCCCCAGAUCGAUCGCUCCCUCCCGCGCCUCCAAUUCCAGGCGCCGCAGCUUCUCCGUUAGGGCCUCCAGCGAGCUUCCCCUUGUUGGAAAUUCAGCACCAAAUUUUGAGGCAGAGGCUGUCUUUGAUCAGGAGUUCAUCAAUGUUAAGCUGUCAGAUUACAUUGGGAAGAAGUAUGUGAUUCUUUUCUUCUACCCAUUGGACUUCACUUUUGUCUGCCCAACAGAGAUCACUGCAUUUAGUGACCGACAUGGGGAGUUUGAAAAGUUGAACACAGAAGUACUGGGUGUUUCUGUUGACAGUGUGUUUUCCCACCUUGCAUGGAUUCAAACAGAUAGAAAGUCAGGGGGUCUUGGUGAUCUCAAGUAUCCACUUAUCUCUGAUGUCACCAAAUCCAUUUCAAAGUCAUAUGGUGUACUUAUACCCGAUCAGGGAAUUGCAUUGAGAGGACUGUUUAUCAUCGACAAGGAAGGAAUUAUUCAGCAUUCCACCAUCAAUAAUCUUGCCAUCGGCCGAAGCGUCGAUGAAACAUUGAGGACAUUGCAGGCCUUGCAGUACGUGCAGGAUAACCCCGACGAGGUUUGCCCAGCCGGGUGGAAGCCUGGGGAGAAGUCCAUGAAGCCAGACCCUAAGCUCAGCAAGGAGUACUUUGCGGCCAUAUAGGCGCAGAACCUCGAUUUGCCUAGUUCGGAGAUGUGAAAAAGUUUGUAUCAUCUUUGCCGUUCCGUCUUUUUGUUGUGUCUUUUUUCGGUCGAAAUGUGUUUCAAGCUGCAUUUGCCAGGGAAUGAAUGCAAUCGGAGUAGACGUUUUCCAUCUUGUCUGUACUAAAAUUUAUUAGAGUCAAACCCCUGAAUCGGCCAAAUUUAUUAGAGUCAAACCCCUGAUCAAUGUAGCCAAGCUUUUUGGCUCUUGCCCUA